AUGAUCGGCCAUUUCAGCGGCCCGUCUGAGAAUAAUCCCUACGCAUGGGAUGAUGACUUUUCUUAUGUUCAAUAUAGUGUGACCGCCGCGACGUAUCAAGACAUUUUGUUCUACAGCAAAAUCUUUCACAAUGUUUGCUUUGCAAUUGGAACAUUUCUUUCAUUGCUAUUAUUGUAUUUGAUAUUCAAAAAGAACGGGAAAAUGCUGCAGAACUAUCGAACGAUGCUGAUUUUCAACUGCUUCGUGGAUAUGCAGAUCUGUUUGGCGGUUUACUUGGGCCAAUAUGUAGGUAGUCUUACUGGUAACAACUAAUGCAAUUUUUUUGCUAUAAUUUACAACUUACUUUCAGUCCACAAAAGCGAUAGAUAACUUGUUUAUGUCAUCGUUUGAUGGAAUUGGACAGCAUCUUGGUUUUACCGGCCAGUGUGCGUUGAUGUCAUUUUUUACAUUGAGCAUCAACGUGGUCAUUACAAGUUUGCCGGCCAAUUACUAUUAUCGAUACAUCUGCAUCAAACGGUAAGUUGUAAAAUUCAGGGCUUUUCAAAGUUUCAUCUAUAUGCAAUUCUCUUGAAAUAAGUUUUUACUUUAGUGGAAGACCUUUGUCCUUCUGCGGGGUACUUCUUCUCUACUCCAUUGUUUAUGCGGUCACUCUACCCACAAUGAUAUGGACACUCUUCUCCUUCCAUUAUGAUGGCCUCUCUCGGCCUGGAUUUAACUAUGGAUCCCUUUGGUUUAAUGUGAAGCCCUUACCGACAAUUCUGAUCCUCAACUUUGUACGUGAAAUUGAUCAAAUUGUAAUGCUUCAAUUACCACGUAUAUUUUAGCAUUUGCCUCACACCAAAUUCUUUAUGAUUUACGUCUUUAUUUGCUACGGAAUCGCCUACUCUUUAUCCAUAUCAUUUGCUGUGAAAACAUGGAGAAUCCUCGGCACAGAUAAAGCCAAAUACAGUCAACGAACACUGCAGAUGCAAACUCAACUUUCUGUGGCGAUGCUGGUACAGGUAAAUCAUAAAUCAGAAUGCAAAAUACGACGCUAAUCUUUUAGGCAAUCCUUCCCGUAUUCAUCUCGCUGGGACCUUCGGUCCUGAUGAUAAUUGAGAUCGCGUUUGGGUUCAACUGGGACAUUGUAACCACGAUUGCAUUCAAUGCCUUUGCAUUAAUACCGGUGCUAAAUUCACUUUGCACAAUCCUGGUGAUACGGCCGUUCCGCGAAGCCGUAAUGAGGCCAUUUUUGAAGACAAAGCCGGCCGUUUCAAGGAGCAGUGUCACAUAA